AUGGUCACGGUCGUCGUCCCGCCCGCGGCCGCCAAGGUGACGCUUGCGUACGCCGGCGCGUUCCUCUUCAACAUCCUCAUCCAAGUCGUCGGGAAGGUCCGGUCGAUCCGGGCCUUCAAGGCGCUCAAGGCCGCGACCAGCACGAAGGAGCGCUACAACCGGUACACGAGCGACGUGCUGAUCGCGGCCGACCGCUCCGUGGGCAACUUUGUCGAGUGGCAAGGCGUCUUCCUCUCGCUCUUCUGGGCGAAUGCGCUCGUGACAGGCAACGAGAUCGAGCUCGGGUACGUGUACGUGGCCAUCCGCCUCUUGUACCCGAUCCUGGCGCAUGCCGGCGGCGUCACGCAGGCCGGCCCGCGCCCGCUCAUCUUUCUCGCGACCGUGCCCGGCUACUACGUCCUCGCGCGCUACGCCUACCUCCUCUACCAGGCCCUCUACCCGCUGCCGUGCUGCCACGUGUAG